AUGUCGCCUAUGUCAAGUUUGAGACGUCGCAGCUCAUGCUACAAUAUACAAAGAGCAGAAGAACGUGAUCGUAGGAAAUCGGCAAAAUUUGAAUCGUGUCAGAAGAUCGUUGGGACAAGGCUCUCGGCCUCAUCACAAUGUUUGUCUGGGAGCUCGAGGCCGGUAACUCCACAACCAUUGGUGAACUCGCCGAGCCACAAUCAUUCGACAUUUCUUUACAAGGAUUCUCUGCCACGGGGCCAUCACACAUUGUCGGCGUCGUCCCACCACUUGCACAGAGGCGCUCAAUCUUUCGAUGCUUCGUCGAACAGCAGCGGAAUCUCCUCCACCCACGUCGUAGAAAUCCACAGCACUAAUGGGUCUGACACGUCAUCACGAUGGGGCAACUCCCUCGGAAGCCAUGGAUCUUCAUCAGGACUCGUCUCCAUAGCGACAGAAAACAACAACGUCAAAUUCACAGCUCCACACUGCUUAGAUAAUCUUCAAGUCAAAGAUUCAAAGGAUUUACCUACUCCGUCUUCUACUCCUACGACAUCGAGAAAGUCGAGAAGGAGAUCGAAUCUUUUCACUCCUUCCAAAAAGGGAGAUGACAGGUUUAAGAAUGGAGAGCUCGGUUCCGGAAGGGCGAUUCCUUUAAAGCAAGGAUAUUUGUACAAAAAGAGCAGUAAAGCUCUGAAUAAAGAGUGGAAGAAGAAAUAUGUGACGCUGUGCGAUGACGGCAGGUUGACUUAUCAUCCGAGUUUACAUGAUUACAUGGAAGAUGUUAACGGCAAGGAAAUUUCUCUUCAGUACGUAACAGUGAAAGUGCCUGGCCAGAAACCGCGCGGUUCUAAAUCUAUAAUUACGACGGUACCAGGGUACAACGGAUACAGCAGCUUGGACAUACACGAUAGUAUUGGUGGACUAACAAUUGGAUACAAAGAGAAACCACGCAGCGCGACAGACAAAGCACUACUGUCAGCGUUUGAGACAAUGAAGGAGCCGGCUUCGAGUCGACAGUCUCUAGGAUCGGAGGUGGAAGUCGGUUCUACUAACGGACAAGAUAAGGACACGCCGCACGUUAAGAAACGACAUCGACGGAUGAAGAGUAGCGGUGUGAAGAAAGAUGGGGAUGAAGACGGUGAAUACGCGACGUCGUGUGAGUUCACGAUAGUGAGCCUGGACGGCAAGCGCUGGCGCUGGGAGGUGUGCGGCGCGGCGGGGGGCGCGGGCGCCGCCGCCGCCGAGCGCGACGCCUGGGUCGCCGCCGUCGAGGCUCAGAUCCUCGCCUCGCUGCAGGGACGGACGUCCCGUCUGCCGCUCCCGACAGGUGCUAAUUCAACGGGCGAUGUCCGCGCCACGUACUACAUCCGCAGGGUCAAUGGGAACGACAAGUGUUGCGAUUGUGGCGCUGCAGAUCCUGACUGGGCGAGUUUAAACCUAGGCGUAUUAAUAUGCAUCGAAUGUUCGGGCAUCCACAGGAAUCUCGGAUCUCACAUAUCGCGAGUACGCUCGCUCGAUCUUGACGAGUGGCCAUUAAGCCAUGUGAGUGUAAUGGUUUCGCUUGGAAACGACCUCGCUAAUUCGAUAUGGGAAGCGGAUAUAAGAGGACAUGUAAAACCAAUUGCUACCAAUACUCGGGAGGAGAAAGAAAGGUGGAUCCGGUCGAAGUACGAGCGGCGAGCGUUCGUGUGCGGCGCGGCGGUGGCGGCGGGGCUGGAGGCGCUGCGCACGGCGGCGUCGCGCGGCGCGCUGGCGGCGCUGGCGCGCGCCCUGGCCGCGCCCGCGCCGCUGCUGCCCGCGCCGCACGACCGCGCGCUCGCGCUGCGCGCCUCCGCCGCCGCCGGACAGCUCGCCGCCGCGCAGCUGCUCAUAUGGCACAACGGCAAUCCCAACUACCCCGACGCCGACGGUCACACCUGCGUUUUCUACGCGCGAGCCGCGGCCAACCACCUCUCCGGGAUCCCCACGCAGUACCCUAAGAACCUUCAAAUCUCGUGCCCCCUACACCCUAAUCCCCCCGCGAGCUCCACCGGUAGCUCCGGAACUAAUUCCACGAGUUCCAAUUCCAGCACUAAAAGCUCGUUAAAAAAUCCGGAGCCCGAGUGCAACUGCAUUAUUUUUGAGCUGUUGAACGCUCAGAGUGCGAGCAAGGCGUUAGUGGAGCUUCUCAUCGGCCUGCAGAACAACCAAUAUAUGAACGGGUUCGACUCUCACAACGUGAGCGUGGCGAAUUUCCCCCACGGCACAUUGGGCAGACCGUCUCUAGGUCCUAAUCUGUCGUUAACGAAUGGGAAAUGCGGAAGUGUAGUGUAA